AUGAACCUCAGCAGCAGGUUUUACGUCAAAUCAACGUACAUAAGGGCCGCGAAAGACAAUUGGGUUUUAUGUGAUGUUCGAUUACUGACAGACGACGUCGAUACAUUUUUAUGCAUUAAAUCCUUACCACCAAGUAUCCCCUCUGAUGAAGACCAAACUCAAAAUGCAGAGACCGGGAAGAAGGAAAGAUAUGCAUCAGAAAAGCGACCGAAAACAACAAGCUUUACUGCUCUGUGUAAUCUGAGCGAGUACAAAUCAUGCAGCGUUCGCACAGUCACCGUCAACGACAGAGAUUCUUUCGCAAUCCGGCUCGUCCCUUCUGGUGUCAUUGGUAACAAACAGCUUCUGAUUGCAUCCGUCGACGAAAAUGAAAUCACCACGUGGCUUGCAAUUUGUAAAGCAAGUAUUGGAAAGAAAUCCAGGAACUCACAAAAUCGGGAUAACAUGAGCACUGCCGGAACACUCAGCAAGGCUGGAAGUUUCAUGUCACUGAAGCCGAUGAGCAACUCUAUCGACGCUGACUGCGAUGAUGGGUUACUAGAUAACGAGGUAUAUGAAGCGUAUUCUUCAGAAGACAAAAUACCGGCCCUGUUGGAAGAGGCGGGAGAUUGGAUAAAGUUGCACUUGAACCAGCCAGAAUGCUAUUUACGGUUAACUGAAGAGAGACUGGAGGUGUUGGAUGCCAUAACCGAGAAGCCCGUUCAGUGGUUUCCCUACCUGCUCAUUCGUCGCUUUGGUGCAGCCAACGGCGUUCUGCGUGUGGAUGCUGGUCGCCGAUGUUCUAGUGGGGACGGUCGCUUCUUUUUCCGAUGCAGUCCACCAAAUGGCCAGCCAGUGGAUAUGCUAGUUACUCAGAUCCGUCAGUUGGCGCUUGAGGCCAAACAACGUUUGAGGAGAAACCAGAUGGCUGCAAGUAACCUUGAAUUAAAUGGACAGCAAACAUCCGGUCGCGCAGUAGCCCUUACUCCCGACGGAACGAUGGAGCGCACAUUAGUCUCAAAUACGGAAACAGAGUGUGCAUCACCAUACCCUGGUACGCUGCCACGAGCCAGGUCAAAGAGACAGAAGCAAGUUUCAGAAUUGCCCAGCGAUCGAGCAACCAGAACAAAUGGAUUUAUGUCGAACGGAUCUCCUCCUGUAACGCCCGAAUCGGGCAGCGAUCCAAGCUCACAAUCUCCCGGGGCGACUUCUGCUGCAACGAAUUCGGAGGACGGAGAAUUGGUACAUGCGGUUCUGGCACGAGCGCCGAAACAAUCUCAAAAUCAAGCCGAAAAUACAAGUUUUUAUGACAAUAUCCCGCGUCCGCCACGGAAAGGAACAAAUUUACCUGGGGCAGUGAACGUGCUGCCCUUGCCAGCUCGUGCUCGGCCGAAUAACCAAGCGACGACCAGAGAACCAAACGGUGAAUCACACUUGCUUCAACCCGAACCGAAGCCCAGAACGCCCGUGGAUCAUGGAUUAGCUGAAAGUACCUUUCCGACUCUCAGACCCUCGCCGGUGCCGCCACCACAUAAUGGACAUUUGUCAAAAGAAAUGACUGAUGAUCUACCAUGCGCACCACCUCCACCACCACCGCCACAUGCAAAUGAAGUGGAGAAGAAAUCUGCUGGGCUGACGAGGACGCGAACAUCCAGUGCGUGCUUUCCGGGACAGGAAGAGGCGACCUGUUUAUCAUCACCGCCACAGCCAAUUCAUCCGAUACCACCUCCCAUACCCACCCUGGCUGCUGCUAUAUCGACCUCGACCAAUCCCGUGGCUACAAAUACCGUUUCACAAACACCAAGCGUUGGGUCUGCAGCGGUUAUGCGGGUGCCGCCAUUUACCGCACCAAAACCGAUUACAAGCCAAAACUCGGGUGCAACGAAGUUACCAGCCUGCAGCCCAAGCUCACCCCAAGAAAACAAGACGGUCGCGAAUGAACAGAAUUCUGUGCAACUUUCAAAACUUCUUAACACAAAGGUCAGUUCUGCGUCAAUGUAUCUACGUGGCCCACACCCUCAGAUGAAAAAAGAACCCAUCCAUUGUACUCAGCUUAAUUUCACCCCAACGCCUGGGGUUUCUUCCCUGAUCAACCGAAUAAAUUCGGACUGGAAGUCCCCACGCACGGGCCCAAAUAAGAGAGAACCAUCUUCGCCUGUCACUACUGGUUCCACUGCAGAAACUGUUUUAUCCGAUGAUCCAAAGCACUAUUUGAACGAACUUGAUAGUGUCAUCAAAGAGUUGUGUGAGGCUAACGAAGAAGCUGUGCGGGCUACUCGGGAGGCUGCUCGAAGACGUCACCAAGUUGGAUGGCCAGCACCGUACAAACCCCCGUGCACCGGGGAAAAGAUUAACACCUCGAACGCUAAUAGGGUCUAAUUUUAUUGAUCCACAGCCAUAGAUCAUAGAAAUUUCCCCUAUAGGAACACAAGGAAUUCUGUGCACGACGUCCGAAAAGAUGAUACUCGCCCAAUGGAUGCACAUUUCCAAAUUAUCCUUCUGUUGGCCAUCUGUCAAUUCCCCACACAGCUACACGAUUAGCACAAUAUCCCGCUUCAUGUUUGUUUUCUUUGGUUGCCUAGCCACAUCUGAAGCAUACCCGACACACUGGCAGUUCUCGCCGGUCUCAGUGUUUACUCCCCAAAAUUUCUUACCGAUUAUUCACUAGCGCAACCCCAAAUGGUUCAGCUAUUAUUGUUCUUAUUUUUUCCUCAGUAAUGACGUCCAACUCCCAUACUCCAGCUUUGGUUUUGCGUUUUUGAACACCGUUGUAUACGCGUGUAGUCGAGUCCUUUCGGUGCAUGUCUUGAUUUCUUUGUGCUGUGGAAUGAGGAGAAUUGGUCAGUUUCUUCUUUUAAACUUUUAUUAACUAGGGCACUGAAUUUGCACAUACAUGUUCAUUCUUGAAGAUAGUAUUAAUUUAUC